GGAGGAGCGGAAGUUCCUCACCCUCCAUCUUUCUUGCUGGCAUCUCCCUCCUCCUCGCUUUCACCUGAGGAAGUCCAAGUUGCUGAGCCUCGGCGGCCGUGUGAGUGCCUGUUCCGGAGCCUCUGUGGAGCCGCGGCAGGCCCGGGCACAGACAUGGAGUCGGUAACUUUUGAGGAUGUGGCUGUGAACUUCACCCUGGAGGAGUGGACUUUACUGAAUCCUUCACAGGAAAAUCUUUACAGAGCGGUGAUGAGAGAAACCAUCAGGAACCUGCAUGAUAUAGGACAGAAAUUGGGAGAACAGAACACUGAAAAUGCAUACAAAAAUCCUGGGGGAAAUCUAAGAUACCAAGUGGUAGAGAAGCUUUGUGAAUAUGAUGAAGAUAGUCAAUGGGAAGAAAUCUUCAGUGAGAUUCCAGAUCCUGUGGUGAGCCAGAAAACUGGAGAAAAGCCCUGUGAAAGCCAUGUGUGUGGAGAAGAUAUCACUGGUCAUUCAUCGCUAAAUGUGUCCCUCAGAGGUCAGACUAGAUGCAAAACACAUGAGUAUAAAGUACAUGGAGAGAAUCCAUGUAAAUAUAAAGACAGUGGAGUGGCUUUUGAUUCUCCCCAAAGCUUUCUGAAGCAUGAACAAAUUUACACACAAGAGAAACCCUAUGCCUGUAAACAGUGUGAUAAAGCCUUUAAGUAUCUCAGUUCUCUUCAAAAUCAUAAAAGGAUCCAUACUAGAGAAAGAAACCAUGUGUGUAAACAGUGUGGGAAAUCUUUUAAGAGACAGAGUAAUGUUCAAGUCCAUGAGAGAAAUCACACUGGAGAGAAACCCUAUGUGUGUAAGCACUGUGGGAAAGCCUAUAGUUCCUACAGUACCCUUCGAGCACAUGAAAGAAGUCACACAGGAGAGAAACCCUAUGUGUGUAAGCAUUGUGGGAAAGCCUAUACUUCCUACAGUACCCUUCGAGCACAUGAAAGAAAUCACACAGGAGAGAAACCCUAUGUGUGUAAGCAUUGUGGGAAAGCCUAUACUACCUACAGUACCCUUCGAGCACAUGAAAGAAGUCACACUGGAGAGAAACCCUAUGUGUGUAAGCAUUGUGGGAAAGCCUACACUUCCUACAGUACCCUUCGAGCACAUGAAAGAAGUCACACAGGAGAGAAACCCUAUGUGUGUAAGCAUUGUGGAAAAGCAUUCACUCAAUCCAGCUACCUUCGAAUACAUAAAAGAACUCACACAGGAGAGAAACCCUACAUCUGUAAGCAAUGUGGGAAAGCCUUUGCUCGUUCUAGCCACCUGCAAAUACAUAAAAGAAGUCACACAGGAGAAAAACCCUAUGUAUGUAAGCAGUGUGGGAAAGCCUUUGCUCAGUCCAGUUACCUUCACAUACAUCAAAGAAGUCACACUGGAGAGAAACCUUAUUUAUGUAAGCAGUGUGGGAAAGCCUUCACUCGUUCUAGCCACCUGCAAAUACAUAAAAUAACUCACACUGGAGAGAAACCCUACUCAUGUAAACUUUGUGGGAAAGCCUUUACUCAUUCUAAUUACCUUCAGAUACAUAAAAGAAUUCACACAGGAGAAAAACCUUAUGUGUGUAAGGAAUGUGGGAAAGCCUUUGCUCGUUCCACUUCCCUUCACAUACAUGAAGGAACUCACAGUGGAGAGAAACCUUAUGUAUGCAAGCAAUGUGGGAAAGCCUUCACUUUGUCCAGUUCCCUUCGAAGGCAUGAUGUAGUUCAUUCAGAAGAGAAACCCUAUAUUUGUAAGUGUUGUGGGAAAACCUUUGGUUGUUACAGUAGUGUUCAGAAACAUGAAAAGACUCAUAGAGAAAAGACUCUGUUAAUGUAAUAAAUGUGGGGAAACUUAGUUGCUCUGAUUCCUUUCAAAUACAUGAUAUAGCUGAUACUAAAAAGAAACUCAAGGUUUGUAUCCAUUAUGGAAUGCUUUCAUUGACCCUAGUUCUUUUUGAUACCAUGGAAGGAUUCACACUAGAGAAAAACUUCUGGAUAUAAUACAGAAAAAUAUUCACUUAUUCUGCUUCUUUAGCAAACAUAGAAAAACUUACACUGGAGAGAAAUCCUAAAUAUAAAAUGUGGAAACACUUCAUUAUCACUUAACCUUCUAAAAUUCAUGAAAAUGCAUAAUCCAUAGCAUGAGGAGAUGUUUUCGAUCCAUUUGCAAAUGCAAAAUAACAGUAUGGAGAGAAAACCCUUGACUAAAAAUGAUAUACCAAGAAUAGGAUCUUCAGAUGGCCACAUACAACAAUGCACAUGGAAUCAGAAGAUUAAGUAUGAAAAACACAUAGCAGUUUUCUGUUUUUCUGUGUGCGAUGGCAUAUGCCUAUAAUUCCAGUACUACGGAAGUGUAAAACUAAAGAUCAAGAGCUUUGAGUUCUGGGCUGUGUUGUCUACCUGAUAAAAGAAAUUUUUGUGUGUUAUUUUUCUUUAUUCUUAAUCAUUUCAAUCGUAUAUACAAUGAGUUAUGAGCAUAUUACUCCAUUUUCUCCAACCCAUUAAAUCCAGUUACUGUUACUCAUGUGUACAUGAGCAUAGCUACUUCCUCAGAAGCUGUCAACUGUCAAUAACUCCUCAGUAAGGGUUGAAGGUUCAAGAUAUCUACAUUAUCAAUGCUAGAAUUUUGGCUGUCUUAACCCAAUGUAGUUAAUCACAAAUACUACAAAUUCAUGGAUGUAAUAGCCAAUAGUGAACAAAAGACUGCAUUUCACAGUACUCCCAUCCUCUGACUUGUAUUCUUUCUACCUCCUAGAAAAUUGUCUUUAAUAAAGUUUGAUUGUUGUCUUGGUUAGUGUUUUAUUGCUGUGAAGAGACACCAUGAUUUAAUUGGGGUUUGGUUACAGGUUCAGAGGUUUAGU